GGGACCUAAUCUGUAUGUAAAUGAGGUUGGUGAUUGAAGUUUGUUGAAGCAUGGUAUGCUGGUCGUUUUAUGACCUCAUAUCCUGUGUGAGUGGGUGAUGAGGGGUGAGGGGGAAAAAAAGAUGAAAAAAAAACCUGAGAAGGUUAGCGGAUGGAGUGUGGUUGACUGGCUUCAUCUGUUCUCCCAGCUGUGUGGCCUGUGCUUCUCCAUCAGCUUGUUAGAUCGGAAGUCGCUUGGCAUUCAGAGUGAAUCUUCUGUGUGCUUAUCAUGCUCCGCAGGGGCUGCCCGAUAUUUAUGACAGCUCAAUUGUUUGCAUGUGGGUCCUUACACAGGUUUAACAACACGUUUGAACUGAAUAGACAUUCGUACCAAUAAAGCUCCAGGUUUAUCACAGAGAGAGAAGCAGACAUCAGUGGUGGAAUUCUUUGGAUGUAAGAAUCUACAUUGUAAUUUUGGCUCUUGCUUUCCUCAAAACCAUCCUGCAGCCAGGACUUCCUGUGCAAUUCAUCAUAAGGAAUGAUCACAGCAUGAACAUCCAAUGGAGCCUUGAGCCUUGCAAUCUCUCAUUUUGUCAGUGAAAUAUAUCAUUGGAAUACUUGUCUUCAACUUUAGUUUGUUGAAGUAUAAGGCAGUAGAAGACGUGCCUUACUCUCUUCAAACAUGUAUCGGUGAUUCAUGGCAUCCCCAAUCUACACAAAAGUUUCUUCCAUGUGUCUCCCAGAAAAUUUCUGCACCACGAGUUGCAGCAUGUUCAGCCCAUCCAAACUGCGACAGCAUAACUCGUUGCCUAACUCUCCAUGUUCUUUAAGAUCUCAUCAUCAUCACCACCAUAGUUCAUGUGGGCGGGGCAAGCUAGUGGAAGUACCCCUUUGGUUUCAUGGUCUAAUGGAGCGUAAGGUGGCUGAGGAACUACUUCUCAAGAGUCCUUUCAGAGGUCAUACCAGUGGCAAAGAAGGAUUGUUUUUAGUAAGACAAAGCAGUAAUAGAGGAGGACAUUUUGUGAUAUCUGUGUGUACCAGAAACCAUUGCAAUCAUUACCUGAUCGAGACCAUUGAAUCAAUGUUCUAUGUGAGGAGAGAUCGGAGUGAGGACAGGGGGCGAGAUAUCCAGGCUUGUGAUUUAAGAAACCUUAUUCAGUGCUAUAGAACAACUCCUCUUGAUGAGUCAGGUCUGGUUCUUAAAGAACCCUUACUUCGAACAACUCCGGUUACGAUCACUACAUCUCUGUUGCCCUUACCUCAGCCUAGAGACAAUCAUAAUUAUAUCCCUCUUCAUGUAGAACACAAGGAGUAUGUAGCAAACCAGGAUUAUGCUGCUCCUGAUCCAGUAAUGCUCUCAUUCUGUGAAGGUGAACUCCUUACAGUUUUACAGAAAGACAACAAGAAUUGGUGGUUUGGACAUAAUGACCGUAGGGAACUGGGUUACAUCCCAGCUGCUCUGCUUAGGAGCUUGACUGAGUCACAACCUACAGAGAAAAGUGCCUUUUUGAAUGCAGGGUAUGUUGGGAAUGAGGAAGCAACAAAGACUGAUGCUGGAAUUGAUACAUCAUCCUUACCGCUCACAGACUGUAAUUCAAACUUUAUGAGUGAGAACCAGAACAAAGGUAACAUUCAUAUGCAGAGGAUACACACAGUGCCAUGUGGCCUCACAUUGCGAAACUGUGGAAAUGAGGAUAUUUACGUUUCUAGUGAAUAUAUCACAAGUUGCCUCGAGAACAGAGAUCGAUGGAUGUCUCCAGAACUACCAAGACUGGGGGUCCUACGGUGUGUCUCUCCCAGGCAGUUGCAAAGACAUUUAUCAGAACCAACGGCAUGGAUUGACUUCUCUGUCAAACCUGAAAGGUUGAUUGAUGUAGAGCCACAAGAUCUGAUGCACUUCAGUGAUAUGUCACCAGAUGUUUCACCAACGCAUACAUUCAGUGGUAGGCGCAUUAGACAUAAAGCAGCAAGGCAAAAUAGUUCACCAGCUAGGGGUUCUAACAUAUCAUCGUCAGCAGAAUCAUCACCAGUGCGAAGGAAAAAAGAUUCCAUGACAGAUUACAUGACUACAAGAGACUAUGAUCCAAUUGAAACCUAUCUAAGAUUAUCAGAAUGUACUACUGGCCCUAGUCAUCAGAAAAAGGGGAAAACAGGUAAAUGAAUACAUUCUAUGAUUUUUGUUAUUAAAUUAUAUUUGAAAAUGUUAUUUUGAUAUGUGUGAUUACAGAUGAUACUAUUAUCUUAUGAGAUAUUAAUUUGUAUUAGCAUCACAGAGAGGAUGCUCAUGAGCCUAUGUAUUUAUAUUUCAUUUUUAUAUGUUAUUACUGAUUCAAAUACAAAGUACUAAGUAUUUAUUAAACUAUUUUUUUAUCAUCUACCGAAAUGAAUGAUAAAAUCAUUUAGAGAGGCUGUUCUUUUUCAUUUUAGACCAUUCUAAAUAAAGAACUUGAAACAACUGAUCAAAGUCAGAUUUAUUUACAAGUCUAAUGCUGGAAGAUUGUAAGAACUGUUAUCAAGGGAAUUUAAAACUUUUGUAUUUUUUUUAGUAUUUACUUCUACUGACUUCUAUUUAAAAACAGUAUUGCCCAGGAACAUGAAAUAUCUAAACAGUUAUACAAUUACCGUUUACUAUAAAUCUAUAGCACAUCAUGUAAAAAUGGUUGGUCAAUUGAUUAUGUUACAGAGCCCAUACAUAAUAAAUGGGUCAUGGUCGAUCAUUAAAAAUUAAUCUUUUUUGGUUCAGAAAUGACUUGGAAAUUAAAGGUAAAAAUAGUAAUUGCAGGAAACAAUUAUUUCAUGAGAAAGUCUUUAAAAUCAAGGUUAAUUGUCACCAUAUUACAUAUAUCUAGAUCUGGUACAUUAAUGUAAACUUAUCUUUGUGGAAUCAUAAAAUCUUAGCCCAGAACCAAUAAUUCUGAUUAUCACUAACACAGAAAAGCGUAUGUGGGACAGUGUAUUCACAUUGCUCGGAAUAACACCCGACAUUUGAUGGAAUUCCGUGCUUAUUUCGCUCAUUUCUCAGCAAUUACAUAUUUUCUUCCAGAGCCACUUGGCACAU